GCCUGUUUUAGACCGAGGUGGUCUUGUUUCUGGGUCGCUGUGGCCCAGCCCCGUGUUUAUUAAUAAAGCCAAACAGAAUGGUGGUUGCCGUGGUGACGCAUAUCUGCAGGCUCGACUGGAGGAGCGGGUGCCAGUGAGAGAGUUCCCCAACGUUGUCUGCUCCCCCAUUUCCAACACAUUCUCCUCCUGCAGCGAGGCUAACAGCGUUCAGAGGACAGCCAUGGAGGACGACCACUUGACGCCUCUCUUCAUCCACGAAGAAGAAGACACCGGGGACCCGGAGGGACCUGACGUGGAUCCCGGAGAGCAGAGCGACCGUUCGCCUUUUACUUCGGCAAGGAAUUCACCUACGCUGCUCGGGCUGUACUUACACCAGAUGGAUGACCUCCUUCAGAGCUGCGAGGAGACGACGGAUAUUUCUCUCUGUUCCCACCUCUCUGGGGAGUCGGAAGCCAGCAGUUGGGAAAGCUCCCCGUAUUUUUCCACCAGCUGCACAGAAACCCAAGUGGACAAAACAGAAUCUUCUCAGGGAGGAGCGGAUGUUCCUCACCAGGCGGACUUGCCUCUUACUUUGGCGGGCAACCGGCUGAGCGACACCAUGAUGAAGUACGAGGGGCGGCUGUUGGGGAUGUUGGCCAUGCUGGAAAGCCGCAUGGAAGACUGGGAGACAAGUCCAGAGUACGUCCCCGUGGAGACAAGUCCAGAGUACGUCCAUGUGGAGAACUGUGGGGGGGAAGCAGCACCAGAGGCGAACCCAAGCUAUGACGCUUCCUCAUUGGCCACAAGUUGUGGGGAGAAGCAAGUGAAAGAUGCAUCGCCACUUUGUGGGUCUGAAGUGGACGUCUUUGAGGCUCUCAGGUCUCAAAUGGAGGAGUGCAUCCAGGAGGUGCAGCGCUUGGAGAGCAGGAGAAAAGAAUUACUCUCAGAGGUGCUGCAGCUGAGACGGCAGAAAGGCCCAGAAGAAGAAGAAGAAGAGAGGCUGCAAAGCGAGGAGGCGGCCCGCAGAGAGGAGAGGAAGCGGGAGAUCCAACGCUUGAGGUGGACAAGAGCGGAGGAGGAGCGGCGGGUGUGGAAGGCGGACCUGGAGACGCAGGAGACGCGGGAGCUGCUGCGCAAGCUGAAGUGGAAGCUGUUCGCUCGGGCUAAGGAGAGUGCGCACGCCCAGGCCGCUCUGAGCAAGCAACGCCAGGAGGUGGCGCUCCUCAGGAGACAGGAGGAGACCCUGCAGACUGUGGUCCUCCAGAGGACGGACGAGGGUGUGCAGCUCAAGCUGGCCCACCAGCGCCACCUGCUGGACCUCCUGGCUGAGCUUCACCUGCAGGGCACCAAGCACACCUCCCCUACUAUGCAGGAGGAGCUGUGCAAGAGGCACUGCCAUGGGGACCUCCAGCAGUACCUGCAGGCCAGCCUGACAGCCCUCCAGAACAGGUACGAGCCCGUCUUGCUGGCCUUGCUGAAGAGGAAGGAGACGACAACGCGGUCUUGUGCAAAGUCCAAGGAGCAGGCCCAGGAGCUCAGGGCCCAGUUAAGACCCCUGCAGGAGGAGACCCAAAGACUGGUGCUCCAGAGAGCUCGCAUGGAGCAGAAAGUCAAACUGCGACACAUGCAGAGGGAAGAGGAUGCUCAGCACUAUCAGGAGAAUAUCCGUCGCCUGGAGGAGAGCCACAGAGACUUGAAGAUGGAGUUGAUGGUGCAGAAGAGAAAGAACAAAGAAGCAGAAGAUAUAAGAGAUUGCCUUUCCAAACAGAUCCUCUUGUGUAGGUCCGCUGUUGGAGACCAGCACAGCUUGCAACUCACAGAGGAAAUAUAAAAAUGUGUCUUUCAAUAGAGGUUCUAAAAUGCACUUUAGAUACAUGCACUGUUGUUGUAUUGUAUGUUCCACGCCCUGCACACAGCAGCCAUUGUUAUUAUUGUCUGCUUACAAAACACAACCAAUGUUGAGGAAUGAAAUGUUCUUUUUUUAAUAAAAUGAUGACUCAACGUUGUCGCAGACAACUG